AUGCGAUUGAGAGAAACCGUUGGUUACGAGCGUUUGCGAGAUGAAUCUGAGCUACUCUCACUAAUACAAAAAUACGACACUCAAGAUGCCGUUGGAUCAUUCCGCUCAUUGAGGAUUCAUCAGAAACUAUGUGAAAACGAGAAGAACUGCGAAAUCAUUCCGCCUUUCAAAACAUAUUAUCCUGCAUAUUCCAUAGCCGGCCCUGGUCACCGCGUUUCCUCAUGCAUGAUUCCGAAAAACAUGUCCACCGUGCUUUCCGCUAUAUUUUGCGCUUUAUUCACAAACACACUGAGAAACUCCAGCAGGCCAGUAACGAAAAUGGGUAGGGAAAUAUGCAAUCAACGAAAUGAGUUGCAUAAUUACAAGCAAAUCAAAAACUUUGCUCAAGGACAACCUUGGGUGAACUUCGUGAUGGUUCGAGAACCAGCAGAACGUUUUCUCAGUGGAUUCAUGUAUAUGUGCAGUCCAGGUAAUGGUGAAAAUAGCGUCUGUGAAGGUUGUGUUGGAGAUAUCAAAUGUGCUCUAAAGCGAACACUGGAAAGUUCUCGACGUUUUGCUGCAGGAGAUCUAUCAGCUUCUUCCUAUCUUCUGUGGCACCUCGGACCUCAGAAUUGGCAUUGUGAUUUCCAGCACAAUCUCGAACACUUCAAACUCAUCCACUAUUCGCCGGAGAACAAAGAAAAGUUAAAUAGCGAUCUGAGCAAAGUUCUUGAAGGUCUCAGUUUUCUUAUGCAUAUUCAAUACUUAGGAGGAGAAGGGAAUGUGGAUCGAUCCGAUGUUGAGUUAAUUGUUUCUCAAGUUAGCAGUGGAACGUCGAUCCAUGCCACAAGACAGAAGGCUGAAACGAAAAUGUUUGAGAAACACAUGGAGGACAUCGAAGUGAAGCGACUUCUUGCUAAGAUUUUCUACUGGGACUACGUGCUUUUCAAUUUCACCCUGCCAGAUGUCGACUUCUGA